GAAGAGAUCUUACUCUACAUCCGAGCUGAAUGAGGGAACCCUCUGCUGUCCUUGUCCAAGACUGCUUGUCUUACCAUCACCGACUACCCGGACGACAGCUUCUUCAGCUCGGCUGUCCCAGCAGUGUGCUCCCUCAAGUUGUGACCAUCCACGGAUAACCCAUAAAGGCGGCGGGGGAUGUAGGGGGAACCGCUCUUCUGCAGCGGAGGAGGGAAGUCAUCACCCCAUCCUCCGUUGUCUCAUCUUCCUCCCCUUCCUCUUUGUGUUCCACGGUGCUGCUGCCUGCCCCGCCGCGGCUGGGUCCGGUCCCGGGUGCCCUUUGCUGCUUCUCCUGUGAAGCGCGGCUUGAGAGGAAGAGGAGGGGUGCGGAGCCGCGGCUUUGCAGGGAGGCGGCAGGGAGCCUGUGCCCUUCUCCAUGGCGAGGCAGGAGGAGAGGAGGCUCCCGAGGAGGGAACCCGGGAGCUGACUCAGCGGAGCAGCCCGGCAUGUCUUCCCGGGAGCACGGCUUCCCUGCCGGAGCCUGCGGAGGGAGGUCUGAGGAGGGCGUGCGCUGCUUCAGUGAUGUUAUAGACUCUCCCACCCAAGGCUUUCCAUGUGCUCUCACUCCUGCUGUCCCCCAAAAGACUGUGGACUUGUUUGAGAUGAUUGAAAAAAUGCAGGGAAGUCGUCUGGACGAGCAAAGAUGUUCCCUUCCAGCUCCUCUCAAGACAGAAGAGGAGUAUAUUCCUUACCCCAGCAUCCACGAGGUAUUACAGAAAGGGUGGCCAUAUCCUCUCAUUAUCUUACCCCAGUUUGGGGGCUACUGGAUUGAAGGGACCAGCCACAACCUCUCCAGCUUGAGUCCAACUCUGUCUGAUGUACCUUUUCCCUGGAGUGGUAAAGUGAAACUGGAAAGUGACCCUACAGCCAAGCUGUACCGCAAACAUUUUCUGGGGAAGGAGCACCAGAACUUUUACUCCAGUGACAUGUCCUUGGGCUACCUGGUACUUUCUGUGAAGUAUGAACAGAUCGAGAAACAGGAAAAUCUACGCCUGUUGCUCAGGACGCGGACUGGCACCAAGCAUGACCUGAUCCCCAUUUCCUGUCUGAAUGAGUUUCCUAAUGCUGUCCAGAUGGCAAAGCUAGUGUGUGAGGAUGUGAAUGUUGAACGCUUCUUUCCUGUCCUCUACCCCAAGGCUUCGCAGCUUAUUGUUGCAUUUGAUGAACAUGUCAUAAGCAAUAACUUCAAAUUUGGGGUCAUCUACCAGAAACCUGGACAGACGACAGAAGAAGAAGUCUUCAGUAACACAGAAGAGAGUCUGGGUUUCCUGGAGUUCCUGGAUUUCCUUGGUGACAAGAUUCAGCUGCAGGAUUUCCGUGGGUUCCGGGGAGGCUUGGAUGUUACCAGAGGUCAAACAGGCACCGAAUCAGUCUAUACAAACUUCCGAGGCAAGGAGAUCAUGUUUCAUGUAUCUACGAAGCUGCCCUUCACAGAGGGAGAUUCCCAGCAGCUUCAGCGGAAGCGUCACAUUGGGAAUGACAUCGUAGCCAUCAUCUUCCAAGAUGAAAGCACACCUUUUGUCCCUGAUAUGAUUGCUUCUAAUUUCCUACAUGCUUAUGUGGUAGUUCAGCUCACUCAUGACACCACUGGGGACACUCUCUACAAGGUUUCAGUCACAGCCCGAGAUGAUGUCCCCUUCUUUGGACCCCCUCUGCCAAAUCCAGCCAUAUUUAGAAAGAGUGCAGAAUUCCGUGAAUUUCUCCUGGUCAAGCUCAUCAAUGCUGAGUACAGCUGCUAUCGAGCUGAGAAAUUUGCUAAAUUAGAGGAAAGAACCCGGAGUGCCCUCUUGGAGAGCCUUUUUGAGGAGCUGCAGCUUCGCAGUCGCAGUAUGAUGGGAUUACCCAUAGGGGAGGAUGACAAGAUAGAGAACGGCAGUGGGGGCUUCCUUGAGAAUUUCAAGCGGGUGAUCAGAGGCCGCAGCCAGAGCCUGGAUACCAUGGGAAUAUCCAUGAGAAAGCAGCAGCCAGCUACCUUGCCCAGUCGCCCAAUGCCAGCUGGCCUUGCCCUCAACCAGAGUGUCGCCGAGGGCCCUAAGGCCGUUGCUGCGUCUUUUGCCUUGCCUGGUAGGAGCCCAUCACGUACUCGAGCCAGCCGCUUCCAUGGGCGACGGAGUAGCGCCAUUGGCAGUGAGAACAUACAGGAGGAAAAGAGCAGAGACACUGCAGAGAGGAUACAGAAGGUGCUAGACAGUCCAGGAACAUUCUUUGACUUGAAGUCUGAUGGAUCAUCCAGUCCCAGCUCCCCAGAGUUCCCCAACAGGAAGAGCAAUUGGAGGUUUUCCUGACAUUGUCCACAUCAGGCAUUUCAGCAUCUUAAAAGGUAGAUGUCUUUUGGCCAUGGCACAGUAAUUCAGAGCAUGUAAGUAAGGAACUGAGCUUUCUUAAAGAGCCAGUGAAGAAAGAUUGGACCACUUAAAGGUGAUUUUGGCUAUAUCUUUACUGUAACGUUAGCUUGCAUCGAACAGGAUACACAAAUCCCUAGCUGUCCAAUUAUCCGUGCUUACUCAUGUAUAUGUUUCCUCUGUAGUUUGCUCUGGAGUGAUUUUGGAGCUUUAUGGAGAAGCUUGGACAAGGGUAUGUUGGGUUGUACUCAAGUUCUGCCCCUCUAAGCAAUAUUCAUGCUGCUACUCCCAACCAGUGUGAACUAGCCUGUCUUCAGUCAUCCCAAAGUGUUACAGCAGGGUCUCAUGUGCAUUUUCCAUUGAUAAAGCAUGCCACACCACAGCCAGUGUUCUCCAAAACACUUCAUGCAGUAGUCUGCAAAAUAGUUCUUCAGUUUCUGGUGGUCAGAAACUGGAAAAAUUAACUUUCUUGAUAGCACAGCUUUGCUGCUGCUAAGCUGUAUGAUGCUGGGCUGUGUUCCUUCACAACUUCAUGGAAACCACACAUUUAUACUUCCAAGACUCCGGAGCAGUCUGUCUUUAAACCCAAGACUGCCGCUGACUUUCUGGAACAGCCUGCCCACACCUGAUUUUUGUCAUGAGAAUUUGGAUGAGACCUGUGGGAAAAAGGGCACCGAGUACUUUGUGGUGGGGCAUGUCCCUUUCUCGGGAGUGGGGCUGCUCUAGGAAGAUUUCAGAAGAUGCCCUACAACCAGGCCUGGAUUGUUGUAGUUGCUCCAGGUGCCACGUCUGGCAAGGAAGGGCCUUCCUUCCAACUAGACCCAAUGCUCUCUAAGAAUUACAGGCUGGUGACUGUUUGCAGUAGUUCAGCUACCCAACUGUAUGCUGUAGGACUGCCCAGAAUUUUGUCACAGCCAAGAUGCAGAGUUCUGGUAAGUAUGUUUUUGUGAUACUAGUUUUUAGGUUGUGUGGGUGUCCAAAAUUUUGGUGUGGAGGAGGAUGAGAGCACAGCUAGGAGAUAACAGACCAUUUAAGAUGCUAGCUCUGGCAGCCAAGGACAAGAGAGAAUGCAGGAUGUGGAACUGCUGACUGGUCAGCAACCCCCAUCUUCCAGCAUUACUUGGACUUUGUAGUGAACUAGAAGUUCAUAGCUACGUGUGUGUGAGGGACUCUUGCUCUAAUUAGGUAGCUGAAGUAACCUUGCAUAAUCAGCAAGAAUUCUGCCUAGUAAGAAAACAUCUUACCAGCUUGGUUGAUCCUGGUUACCCUCCUGUAGAAUGUGUCUUGCAAAAAAAGGAUGAAGCUUUCUUGACAUCAGUUCCUGAUUUCUGCACUUGAUUAUGGGCUUCCUCUACUUCCCAAAGCCCCAUCCUCCAUUAGUCAGCUGAGGAGGUGAGCCAGCUGCAGUGGCUGUUUCAGAUUGGUAUCACAUGCUUUCAGAAAGCAAACAUAGCAUGGGAUUUCACUAACAAUACUUGCAUAAAUGCUGUUCAUGCAUGUGAGGCAUGACCUGUAUGACUUCUUAGCCCUCUGUCUGCUUCUGUCCCCAGGAUUCUCUCUAUGCAUCUUUUUCCAGUAGUGGACUCAAACCCACUUGUACAAUCACCAGAAAAAGUCUUUUCACAGUUGUGGUAGUUUAGCCCAUUCCUGGACAGUUUGUUCUUGAGAUGGGAUGUAGCAUGGAGUUCUGCACAACUGGUGAUUAGCCAGGGUUAAGAGUUGUGAUUUCAGAGUUAGGGACCAGCCCACGUACAGUCAUACCUUCUGCAUCGUAUCUGGGAUAAGGAAUCAAGAACAUGUAAUUCCACCAUGUAAAGCACACCAUUUUCACCAAGAGAGCAUUAGCACAGUAUUGCAGGAGCAAGCUAGGAGUGUAAUUCUAACAGUCUGUCUUAGAGACAGAAGUUCUACUGAAGUUUUACUGGAUUAGUCUAUUUAUUGGUCAUUAAUCGUGGAACUGCAAAUCAGGAUCAUGAUACAGGCAUAUUUCUAAUGCAAAAAGUGUUCUGGCUAGUUUUAUGGUAGUUUAUGCAGCUCAUAUUAAAAAUGUUUUCUCUGGUAGCAUGUCAUUAAUCCAUCCUGGUUCUCUCCAGGGGGUAGCAUCACUGGAAAUUUCUCUAUUGCAAAAAUGCUCAGCAUCUUGCUGCUAGUCUUAAGUAACAAUUUCAAAUUCCAGACUUGAAUGAUCAAACUCUUCAUCUAUGUUCUAAAAACAACUUGGAAAUAAAUGCAAAGAGAACACAUAAAUAAUAGAUUUAUCGUUUUGCAGUAGAGACAAACCAGCAUUUACCUUUUCUAUUCUCGCAUGCUGGUUUUCAACACACCCUUCUGCAGUGAUCAGCCCAAAAUCCAUGAAACCUCAUCAUUCACUUGGGCUAACAGUGUCUUCUCUCCUACAUGCAGGGACAAUUGUCCUUAGUUUUUUCUGCUCUCCUGGUAGCUUUCCAAAUAAUCUUUUUUCCCAUGGACAGACUCAAAAGAAUGAACCCAGCCUAAGUAACCACGUAGCAAAACUCCUCAGGAUCAGAUGGCUUUUAGGGUUGCAUCUCAAAAAUCAAGCACUGUACUGUGUAUGUUCAUGUCCUAGGAAAAGUACAUGGGUUUUUUUGUGUGUGUGUUUUCCCUCCUCAGACACAUCUGAGUGGGGACAUCAAGCCAAUCAGGAGUGGACCGGAUGCUACUCAGUCAUUGGUUGCCUCACUGAAGAUACUGGCAAGACUUUUGGGGUGAAAUGAGAGUCCGGGCUAAGAGGAGCAUGAACUUACUUAGAGGACCUCAAGGACUGUGGAGAGACCAUGUGGCUUCAAGUAACGCUCCACUGGCAGUUCCUGGAGCAGGAAUCCUGGGAAAGGGAGAUGGACAGAUAGCUCCUAUUGGAGCAUUUUGGCUCUAUGCCCUUCCUAUUGCCCCAUCAGCAGCCACUGAAGCAGCCUCUACUAAUGAUGGGGAAAGGAGGCCACCUUGAGUGCCUCCCCUUCUCUUCCCCUCCCCUCACAUGAGUGAGAACAGAACAGCUUGGCCCACAGAAGGCAAGAGAAGAAGACCAUGUUUCCAUCGGUCUCUAGUGCCUUUCAAUGACAUAGGUCAGGAAGUGCAGUGCAGAGAACAAGGAUGGAGAAACCUGCUGAGGAAGGAUGCUGAUAAGGAGAUACUUUGGGGAAAUCUAAGUCCCAGUUCAUUUAAAUUCAUGUUAUUCAUUUGUUCUGCCAAGGGAGAAGCAUGUUGGCCUUCAUUUCCUCCAAAGUAUAUUUCCUAGUCUCCUGAAGAAAUACCUUGGCCUAUAUUGGCCCUAUCUUUACUGUUCUCCCUGUUGCAUGCUGGCAUGUAAUAUGCCUGGGACUUUAGGUUUCAUUACUGCUUGUAGGUCAGACUGGCCAUAUUUUGCAGUGUUUCUGAAGGAAUAAAUAUAUUUAGUAUGUUAAA